CUCACCAAAAACUAAAGCUUUAAUCUGCAUGUGAACCCCCUAAAUAUCACCAUUCGUUUGAAUCACCUCCACCAAACCUUGAAAAUAUUAAACUCAACCAGAACCAGAACCCGAACCCGAACCCCGUUUUUCAGCCUCUCCGUUUCUCUGUUAAACGGACAUUCUCACAUGGCGGUUAUGUCACUGGGUCCCAUUGCCCACAGCUCUCGUUAAUGGCUUACAUUCUCUUCUGAUUCUUUGCCUCUCUUCUAUCGAAAUUCUUUUCUUUAUAUAUAUCUCCCCUUGCAAAUUCAUCUUUACUAAGUCAGCUCUCUCCCGUUCUUUUCUCUUCUUUCACAUUAGUAACAUCUAGUUUCCCUGGAAAAAAGGUCUUAAAUAGUCUAGAGAACAAAGAAAAAUCCCAUUUCUCCUCCUUAGAGAUUGACCAGAGAUGUUACGUGGUUUGCACUCCCUGGAAACCUGUACCUAUAACGGGAUGGAUAUGACAGUGCUUGAACGACAGCAGGCAAGGUUGAAAUGGCAGCAGCAGCAAAACUAUGGGGUCCAAAAUAAUAAUCCUAUUGAAUUAUGUGCAAGUUCAGUGCCUCAAAUUCAGGGUUUUCUCGGAAGCAGUUUUGGUAGUGGCCAGUUAGUUGAGAUGAAAAAGCCAGAAGUUUACCUGGGUAGUGAUGAUUUUCCCAAAUUUGUGAACCUUUCAGUAGCUGGCCCAGAGUUUAGUGCCAGUAAGAUGGAUUUGGUGCCGCCAGAGGCUGCUGCAGAUUACUGUAUCUCUAGGACUUCUAGCUGUCAGAUGACAGCUUUCCAGACAGCUGUUAUGAACGAGGAAAGAGAGGACGUGAUUUUGAAGAAAAUGGAGUCCACCACCGGCAGGGAGAGCUUUAACAAGAGAAAAGUUGAGGCUGUUCAAGACGAUAAAUGCAAAGAUAAGAGGAUUAAAGGAGAAGUGGAAGGGGAAUCUGAGGUCAAAACAAAAUGCAGUACAGAAGUUUCCAGAAACUCUUCAAAGGGGAACUCCAAGGCUUCCGAGGUCCAGAAGCCAGAUUACAUUCAUGUAAGAGCACGUCGAGGCCAGGCUACUGACAGUCACAGCUUGGCAGAAAGAGCUAGAAGGGAAAAGAUUAGUAAGAAGAUGAAAUGCUUGCAAGAUUUAGUCCCUGGGUGCAAUAAAAUCACAGGCAAAGCUGGAAUGCUUGAUGAAAUAAUCAACUAUGUUCAAUCUCUCCAAAGACAGGUUGAGUUCUUGUCUAUGAAACUUGCUGCUGUAAAUCCUAGCGUAGAAUUCAAUGUUGACAACCUCCCUGCAAAAGAGUUUCCUGCUUAUGUCGCCAAUUUUCCAGCAGCCGCCAAGUCACCAGCAAUGGCCAAUUUGGCCUGCCUUCAGUUCAAUCCCUUGCAAAAGGCUGUAAGUUGCAUGUUAGAUGCAACAGGGCACCCUCCUCAAACAGCAACUGAAGGAGUUGCGAGUGCUUCUAUAUCUAUCCCAGAACAAGCUCUCAGCUCGUCCUGCAUCACUCUGCAACCAUUUUCAACUUGGAACACGGACCCUCAAGGUCUUUACAAUGUGUACAAUAUGGGGUUUCAUUAAAGAAUGAUCAACUAAUUUUUGUCUCCAACAUCGGCGGAUAUCAUUCCUGGAAUCCAAUCAGGCUCAAGAUGGAAUGCAAUUUUAGAUGCUACUAUGUACCCUCUUACAGGAUUUGCUUCAAAGAUUCUGAUAGUUACCAUUCUGAAAUCUUAGCAGUGUCAAGUUGGAGAUGUUUUUUUUUUUUUGGACACUAUUCACCAUCUCACAGGUUUUAUUACUAUGAUUUCACAGAUUACUCAAUGAAACACAUUCUUGUUCUACAUGUAUAGUCCCACUAUUCCAAUAAAUAUCAUCCAUAUGAUUAAUCAUCAAG